CACGAAACUAUCAUCAUGACUUCGAACCCCAAUCCUUUCUCCUACAACGACCAUUCCGGGGAUGAGCACGAAGACAUGGAGCAAACUUCAGACUCGACUUUGGACAGCUUCUUAACCAGCCAUUCUGGCUUGGGUGUUGCCCCAUCACCACUUCGGCUGAGAAGCCCAGUUGUCAUCCCCCAGAGACGCCCCGGAAACAAAGAACGGGGUUUCGUAGAGGCAUACGCGCCUGAUCUUCAGGCUUUUGGUAUUGAUCAAGAAACAUUCCUCGCACUCAUACGAUCUAUCAACAAAGCUGCCCAAGCGUCUAAAUGGCUCUAUGCCAUCCAGGUGGCUGCUAUAGGCACCGGAUUCAUUCCCAAUCACAUCGCUCUAGGGGUUUCCACUGCCGUGCAGAUCGUCGCCGGGAUUGUCGCUAAGACGGAGACUCGAUGGAAAACCAACUCGUUCAUGGAUCGAGCAAAUAUCAGUUUCUUCCAGCCGCGAGGACUGUAUUGUCUCCUCAUGUCCUACAAUCCCAUCUCCACCAGCAACAAAGAAAAGACUGACCCAGUGCAAGCCAUGUUGAAGCAUAAGUCGACAGCUGGAGCCUCGUCCAAGACCAGAAGAAACCUGCGAAAUCCUUCGGCUGGUGUGUCCCACGGCCAAGACGAUCUCCCCGACUCUGUUGCGACUCUUGUCUACCCAACCAUUGAGCGGACGACUCAGAACUCAUACAAGAAGAAAGCGGUGUUUGCCAAGCUGAACAACUACUUUGAUCAGCGAGCUCAAGCACGCUACGCCUCUGAGAGUAAUGGAGAUAUACUCUCCACCACUCCGCAAAAGCCUUUCUCGAACCGCUUCCUCGACCCAAAUCAUCCUGUCUCUAACGGUGGCUUACUUGGCCUCUUAUCUGGGGGCAAGCUGACACCAGACCUUCAAAAGCAAAAAGAAAGUAUGCGCUCUGCCAUGGCCGAUCAGGAACAGCUGAUUCGGGACCAACAGUCUGCCCAGAUGGCAAAUCUCAUCUCUAUGCUCCAAGGCAUGGAUCUUACGGCUGAAGAGCAGCAAGCCUAUAUCCAGCAAUAUGAGAGUGCAUACGAGAUACAACUGCAACAGCUUCAGGAUCAGUCUGAGCUGUUAGAGAACGGACAGCGUCGAAUUAAUCGUAACAUUCUCUAUUUAAUGAUUGUCAACCUACCUUCACCUGAAGAGAUGGAAGCGGCUCAGAACGGUAGAUCGGUCACGGAUCUUGGAAAUAAUGGCAACGGCGUGACAAUUGCAAGUGUGGAUGUAGAGUAGACAUGACAUGGG